AUGAACGAAGGGCACUUGGACGGUGCGAUCACUUGGGAAGAAGCCAUAUCUAACACGGACGGCUUAAAGGUGUUGCAGCUCGACAGGCCUAUGAUCGUUCAUAAAGAUGUUGGUUGUGUAAAAGUCGGCGACUUGCCCGCCCAAGAUGAGAUCACCGCAGACUCGAUCAAAAAGAAGGUUCAGUUCCUUGAUAUCAUGUUGGACUAUGAGGGAGAGAUCGACCUCAAACAUAUCGAAACACUCUUCUUGCAGCAACGCUAUGCCGAUCUACCAAGUCCCAUCCGAGUCAACAGUCGUGUUGAGACGCCUUACAACAUGCAGCUUUUCAUUUUGCCCGCAGACUCUGGCAAGCACCACAUCGUGAAGCACAUCAAAUUUUCAGAAGGCACGAAGGUGUUUCACAGCACUAUCCGCACCAUGUGCACAGGCCAAGCCCUCGAAAUCAACUACAACCAAAAUUAUCGAGAGGGUGGACGUGCUCUACAAUAUCUUCUCGAGGGUUUGGGCGGUUUUCAAGUACGCUAUCAAAAGCUAGUUCCUGCAGGAGGCCCCAACAAACAAGCGAAAGAAACCAAUGAGAUUCGCACUGGUUUUGCUUUCAUCCGCAAGGAGGGCCCCGAGGAGAAUUCCGACGGGCAGUUCACAUUCUGGACUGAAGAGCAGGUUAACGAUCCCAACAGCCCAAUCUACAAAUGGGACAGAAGUGUGGUCAAGGAGUUCUUGCGGUGUCUGGCCGACCAAGGUUCACAAGCAAAAAGCAUCACUGAUUGGCCCUUGACUUUGAAGAGCUUGACUCCAUGGUGUCUCAACGAAGUCAUCGCGCCAAUCUUGCCGCACGUGCUAGAGCAUGCCGUGAUUUGGAUUGGCAAAUCGUAUGUCGGCAAGAAGGAGAAGGGGCGUCGAACCAAACCUCGUGUCUUCGACGAUGGCAACCUCAACCUGGAGCAUCCUGCAGCGGUUAAGGCUGUCACCGAGGUGUCAGGAAUUGACCGCAAGACAAUGGCAAGGUGGAAUGCCGCCUCCUACGCCAAAAACCAACUAUGCCAAGUGUGUUCAAAUCCUUAUGAUCGCUCGGUGGAACCCGACAUGCCCCCCAACACGAACUCCGACACCAUUCCGUUCGAGGUGUUCUUCAAGCUGGUACGCCCAUCGUUCCACAAAGACUUCGAUGAGGAGGACUUGAUGGCGAUCUUCAAACGCUCCCUCGUCGUCGUUUUCACAGAGAAAGGCAUCUACACGCGCUUGCCCAGCAUCAAUCGCGAUCCCGUCAAACGUGUUGCGUGGCCCGACAAAGACAUUGGCAUGAUUUCACUCUCAGCCCGACCUGUUCUCUCAGCGUACUACAAAAGCCAACUCGCCAACUUGCCCAACGAUCACGAGUCUGACAUGCAGUGGAGCUUGAAUCUUCUCCAGGCGGCCUUGGACAAGGAAGACGUCCAGUUCUGCUCAAGCAUCAUUGGAAAGGAGUUUAGCACGGGCCGCCGCUACUUGCAGGAGGCCCGUCCUACACUUGCAGGCAUCUCCGGGACCACUUUCCACUACUAUGAUGAGGUAGUUCCGGAAGCAGCACCACCUGUCAAACGCCUCAAAUCAGUGAUGUCCAGUCACUCUCUGCUGAGCCGAGAUCUUGAACAAGAUGCUGCCAAAGCCGAGUCUGAACAGGAUGCUACCAAACCCGAGGCGGAGGAGGUGAAGCCCACUGUCACCAUCAAGCAAGAGCAGAUAGAGGCCAACACCAAGUUCACUGCUUUCAAGAAGAAACUGGGCAAGCGCACCUUGCAGAUUUCCAUCUCUGACGAGAGCACAACUCCACCAGGGCGAUCUUCAGCAGCACCAUCUGCAAAAGCCAUGGAAAUCCUCACUGCCACUGACCGGGGCAUCUUGGACAUGCUCAGAAAGGACAAGCUGAUCGGUGAUUGGUCGGAG